AUGGCUGAUGAUGAUCAAUUUCAUCAUACAAGUGGAAACUGGUGGGAAUCAGCAUCAAGAAACAUGAGAUUUGAUCAAAGUGGUGGAACAUCACAACAAUCUUCUUCUUCUGCUAUCACCAACAAUAAUAUAGUUGAUUUUGGUUGGCAAAAUUCAGAUAUGGUUGAGAUGAAACCAAGAUCUUCCAUGGAUAAUUCUUCUGUGGUUUUUCAUGAUACUCGGAAACUCGAACAAAAUCAAGAUUCUUCUAAUUCUUCUGACCCUAACUUGCAUAUGAUGGGUUUGGGACUUUCUUCUCAUUCCAUGGAUUGGAAUCAACCAUCUUUGAUAAGAGGCGAUGAAAAGGGAACAGAAAACAGUUUCAGGUCAAUAUUGGAAGAGAAUUUGAGUUCAACAAGGAACAAUUUCGAGCAAGAAAAUGUGAUGGGAAUGUGUCAACAAGUGAAUAGAAAUUUUUCUUUGGAUCAAAACCAGUUUAGUCCUCAAUAUAGUUCUGGAGACAGCAAUGUUAUUCAAAUGGAUUCUUCAGCUUUAUAUGGAACUCCAUCAAUUUUACAAGGCUCAUCCAUGACUAGUUUUCCUUAUCCAACAAAUAACUAUGGAUUAUUAAACUCUAAUAAUGAGUUGAAUAUGAACAUGCCUUGUAAUAAUUGGUCUAAUAAUAAAGCUCCUCAGUUUUUGAUGAGAACUUCACCUCCAAAACAAUCAUCAACAAGUAACCAGUUGCAUUUUACUAAUAACACCCCUUUUUGGAAUGCUUCCGAGGCUCCGAAUUCUAUUAAAGAUGUUAGGUCAAGUUUCUUUCCCUCUUUGCAACCUCAAUUCUCCACGCCAAAUUUUGAUUCACACUCGAAGAAUAUUAGUGAAGUGAAUACUGUGGUGAAGAAAAGUGGGAGUGAGCCAGCACCCAAAAGGACUCGUAACGAAACUCCAUCAACUUUGCCAGCUUUUAAGGUCAGAAAAGAAAAGAUGGGAGACAGAAUCACUGCACUCCAACAAUUAGUGUCUCCUUUUGGAAAGACUGAUACAGCCUCAGUGCUUUCUGAAGCCAUUGAAUACAUCAAAUUUCUCCAUGAACAGGUUACACUUUUGAGCACCCCAUAUAUGAAAAGUGGAGCUCCAUCAGAUAUUCAACAGAAUUCGGGUAAAUCAAAAAAAUCCGACGGCGCAAAGCAAGAUCUAAGAAGUCGUGGUCUAUGUUUGGUACCAAUUUCAAGCACAUUUCCAGUGACUCAUGAAACAACGGUUGAUUUUUGGACACCAACAUUUGGAGGAACAUCAAGAUAA